ACUGACAAGGCGAUAGGUUUCAUUGGUUGGCUCAGCCCAAGAAAACACACUUGUUGAUUUUGUCUUCACUGGCGAGAAUCCCGAAGUAACGCCGAGUAAACAACGCCUCCUCAGCAGUUCGGCGCCUGCGAAGAAUGAAUUCUACUUGGCCGAUGAACGAUUCCUACCCGGCGAAGGCUGCCGCUGCCCGGGCGGUCCUCGCCUGCUGUAAUUACACCUGGCUUGUGAGCGAUGCCGCGGUCGGGGCAGCCGCGCGGGACGAGCGCAGCCUCUACAUCAUGAAAGUGGUCCAGAUCGCUGUCCUCUGCGUCCUCUCCCUCACUGUCAUCUUCGGUAUUUUCUUCCUGGGCUGCAACCUCCUCAUCAAGUCGGAGAGUAUGAUUAACCUCCUGGCGAAGGAGCGGAGACCGUCUAAAGAGGUGGAGGCUAUAAUCAUAGGCUCCUUCUAAGGUUCGGAGCAAAAGCCAAGACCAGGACCACAAAUCAUGGUCCUUGCUAAAGAGGACGAUGGAACUUUAGACUCUAAGGAGGACUAUUAACUUGCCUUGUAGAGUGUUUAAAUCCACAGGAACGAGACAGCUUUGUAAGAGCGAGACUGAGUUUUAAAAAGUUUGUUCGCGGUGUUGCGGUGUGUGUUUGGGGUGUGGGGAAGAUACGGACAAUGUAUCUGUUGGCCGUGAAGUGCCCCAGUGGCUUAGAAAAUGAAAUAAAGAUUGUGGAAAGGAUUACCAGGCGCUCUCAGAUGGUCGCGUUGAAUCAAAAUGUACCAUACUCUAGCGCGCCUGUUUCCGUGCAGAGUUCUGAAGAUAAGUACUCGGUUUAAGACAAAUGUUGACAUGAUUCAUGCCACGGUAUAUAUUUAGCUGCUUUGAAAGCUUUCUCCUGGUAUUGAGUUGUGAAUCAUAUCCCAAAGUUAGAAUGCCUGCAAUCCUCCGUAUAUAAUGGGCUGUCUGGCUCAAACGAAGGCCAUUCAGCCGUCGCACCCGUGCUAGCUCUUUGAAAGUGUACACCAUUUAACCCCAAAAUCCUGCAGAUGCCCCUUCCCACCGCCUUCCAGUCUCUACCCCAUUCCCAUUGGAUCACCUCGCAUGGGUCGCGCCGUUCUCGCAAACCGAGAAAGCUCAGGCAAGAGCGGAAACCUUUCAAGAACCGGGCAGGAGUUGAAGUUACGUUUCAAGUGAAGCUUGAACCACGGGAAGGAGCAAGGUGUAAACUUGGCAGACACUCUGUCCUGAACAGAUAACUUCUCCCAAGUUUAAAGGUCUCUGCAGCCGUGAAAAGGAGACGUUAGGGUUGGGAGGACUGCUGCUGCCAUUGCUGGGCAGAUGCUUGACAUCCUUCCAGACUCUAUUUGUUAACCUGCUUAAAAUCCAAUUGGUUCGCGGCACCGUAGGAAGUGGUAGAUUGUUAAGUGAACGCGGUGCUCCGUCAGAUACCGCGGGCGUUUAUAUUUUAACUCGCUCAGUCCGCUUUUUAAGGUGACGAUUAUUGUAUUCUGUUGUGUGUUUCUUAAAUAGUACUACUGAUUUUCAAAAAUCAUCAGCAUAUUACA